GUCAAUUUGGACUAAUCACAGUGCUUCCAUCUGUCGAUGUUAAGAAAAUCGAUUAUGUCGGCCAUUUUUUUUUUCUAUCAAGCGUGUGUUUUCAUUGUUCUUUUCACGUUUAACCAUCAAAAAUGAAGAUCGGUCUUUGUGCGUACAGUGGAUAUAAAAUUUAUCCAGGCCAUGGAAAAACCAUGGUUAAAGUUGAUGGAAAGUCAUUCACUUUCCUCAACUCAAAAUGUGAAUCCGCACAUCUUAUGAAGAGAAAUCCAAGAAAAGUGACAUGGACCGUUUUAUACAGACGUAAACAUAAGAAGGGCCAGGAAGAGGAGCAAACAAAAAAAAGAACACGUCGCACUCAAAAAUUCCAGCGAGCUAUUGUUGGCGCUUCUUUGACUGAUAUUUUGGCUAAACGUAAUAUGAAGCCAGAAAUUAGAAAAGCACAAAGAGAACAAGCUGUUAAGGCCGCAAAGGAACAGAAAAGAGCAACGAAGGCCUCUAAAAAGGCCGCGGCUCCUGUGAAGCCAAAGGCAGCGCCAAAACAAAAAGCGGCGAAAGUAACGCAAAAGAGUGCCCCACGAGUUGGAGGUAGACGAUAAAUUUUUUUUUAUUGUAUAGGGGAAAAUAAAAAAUAAGUGUCAGUCACUUAA